AUGGCAAAGAGCGCACUUGUCAUUUACAUCCUGGUCGUCACCUUACUCCUGGACCAGACCACCAGCCACACGUCCAAAUUCAAAGCCAGGAAACACAGCAAACGCCGAGUGAAAGAAAAGGAUGGAGACCUAAAGACUCAAGUUGAAAAGCUCUGGAGAGAAGUCAAUGCACUGAAGGAAAUACAGGCCCUGCAGACAGUCUGUCUCCGAGGCACAAAAGUUCACAGGAAAUGCUACCUUGCUUCGGAAGGCUCGAAGCACUUCCAUGAAGCCAAUGAAGACUGCAUUUCCAAGGGAGGGACCCUGGUCAUCCCCAGAAACACGGACGAGAUCAAUGCCCUUCGAGACUAUGGUAAAAGGAGCCUGCCAGGUGUCAAUGAUUUUUGGCUGGGCAUCAAUGACCUGGUCACGGAAGGCAAGUUUGUUGAUGUCAAUGGAGUUGCCGUCUCCUUCCUCAAUUGGGACCGAGCACAGCCCAAUGGUGGCAAGCGGGAAAACUGUGCCCUGUUCUCCCAGUCUGCUCAGGGCAAGUGGAGUGAUGAGGUCUGUCGUAGCAGCAAGAGGUACAUAUGCGAGUUUAUCAUCCCUUAA